AUGCACGCCGCCGCUGAUAAAAGCAAGGUGCAAAGGGCCCACCUGGAACCUCGACGGGUUCGGACCGAGGCAGCGAUGGCCAAGCGGGAUUACCUGGUGGAGGCGGCCAAGCAGAUCCGCAUGGCGCUGGACAGCGAGGUCAACGAGGACUACGAGGCGGCGUUCAGCUACUACAAGAACGGCGUGGACCUCCUGCUGAACGGGGUCCAGCUGGACCCAAACAAGGACCGACGGGAGGCCGUAAAGAGGAAGACAACACAAUAUCUCAAGAGAGCCGAGGAAAUCUUUAUAACACACUUACAGGACAACCUGGGAAAGGGGAGCUCAUAUCUAGGGGGCUACAGCAGUCUGAGAUUUCGGCCAAUCAGACACCUGAGUUCACCUGUGGAGGACCUGGAGAUGUGUAAGGUGGUGGGAGUGGCUGACAAGGUCCUGAUCGUCCAAAGUAUGGUCAACAAAGAGACAUUCGUCGUGAAGAGCCUGGUGAAGUCCAGCUGGGAGAGCAGGGACCAGCCCACCAUCAUUCCCCAGGGGGUGCCGUACAUGGUGAAGCUGCUGCGGUACUACGUCAGCGAGGACGCGGUGUACCUGCAUCUCGAGCACGUCAAGGGCGGGAGGCUGUUCUCCAAACUGCACAAGCUAAAGAACGACAAGGCCAAGGAACACCCAGAAUGCUUCACUUCCGGCCAGCACAGCAUCAAGCUGAAGAGCAGCUACACGUCGCCGUCGCUCAGCGCGGACCACCAGCGGAGCGGCAGAGCGGGCCCGGCGGUCCUUCCGGACGAGAGCCCGGACGCGGACGGCCCGUCCUCCUGGGACGAGACGCAGCAGCGGCUGGAGAGCUGCGGGACGCACUCCUACAUCGAGGAGACGGGCUGCCUGCAGAACACGCGCUCCGCCGCGUCCUUCUACUCCCGGCUGGACCGGCUGACCCUCGUCUCCGGCCCGGCGAGGGCGCAGGUCAACGCCCGCAUCCACCCGCCGGCGCCGAGCCUGUGUCUGCACUCCGGCGAUACUCAGGAAAAGCCGGCUCUUCCCCUGUCCUGCGCUCGCGUCAGCCAGGCCCUGGACGCCAUCUCCGAGCUGCACAGACAGCGGGCCGGCAUGGGCCUGAUCGAGUGCAGCUCCCAGUUCGAGGUGGCGUGGAAGGCCGCCGAUCCGGCCCGCGGCGGCGGGAAGGUCAACCCCUAUGCAGUGACUGACAGUGAGUUCCCGAGGACGCCGGGACAGACGGAGACUCACGCCAAGCAGACCUCGUCCGGCCGUGAAAACGGCGCCUUGAGCUCCUCCCCCGCCAUUCUGCAUCUGCCCCUUCAUUGCCAAACGCAGAUACGGGGAAGAGCGUCAUGGGAAACCAAUGGCUCCCAGCAGGGGUCCGGUUCGGGCGCCGCCCCCGUGGAAGCGGCUCCGGACUCCGGCCAGGACGGCAGCAGUCCCACCGCCGAGGAACGGAACGGGAUGGUGGUCGUCAGGAGCACGGACAGGGCGGUGUUUUCCGAGCACUCCGAGACUUCCUGGACUUCCUCUCCGUUCCUCUGCAGCAGCGCCGCAGGGACGCAGGGGGCGUUUAGCAAAAUGCCCCCCGGCGAGGCCAGCGACAGAGCAGAGGAGGCCGGCGAGCCGCAGAGUCCCGGAGAGAAGAGACCGCCUUCAAAAGAGGGCUCGUUCCUGAGCUGGUUCUCCUCCGGUCCCCCCGGAGCUCCUCCUCCCCCCCCCAGGAGGACGGAGCCCGAGGGGCCCGACGAUCAGAUCAUCGAGGUGGACGGGUGGUGCCACCUGCCGCGCUUCCCGGCGAAGACCCCCACCAGGCCCGCGGACAGGUCCGUCCAGACCUGCUGGGGGCUUCCUGAGGCGGAGGUGCGGGUCUGGGGGGCGCAGGUCCUGCUGGCCCUGGAGAGUCUGCAUCAGCAGGGCGUCCUGUGCCGCGACCUCAACCCGAGAAACGUUCUGCUCACCAGCAACGGAAAGGUGUGUUUGACCUUUUUCAGCCAGUGGAGCGAGGUUCAGUCGGAGGUCAGCUCCAGAGCCGUGGAGCAGAUGUACUGUGCUCCAGAGAUCGGAGGUGUCUCCAGGGUGACAGAGGCUUGUGACUGGUGGAGUCUGGGAGCUCUGCUGUUUGAACUCCUGACAGGAAUGCCGCUGUGGCAGCUCCACCCGGCGGGCAUCCACUCCCACACCCAGCUGCUCAUCCCGGACCACCUGAGCGCCGCCGCCGCGUCCCUGCUGACCGAGCUGCUGCAGUUCGACGCCGGGUACCGCCUGGGCUCCGGGGGCGGAGGCGUGAGCGACAUCAAGUGUCACCCCUUCUUCAGCGGCGUGUCCUGGAAGGCCCUGAGCUGCUAGACGGGGAAGGCCUCCGCGGCGACGCGCACUUCCCGGAGACGAGCCGCAACAAUAA